AUGGCCGCGAAGUCGGACGGCGGCGGCGGCGGCCCGGCCGUGAGGCUGGAGAGUCCGGAGGGCGGCGGAGGGCGGCGGGCGGGCGGCGCGACUCCCCCGGCCCGGCGGUACCGGCUGCGGGACGGCUGCUGGGUGCUGUGCGCCCUCCUCGUCUGCUUCGCGGACGGAGCUUCGGACCUGUGGCUGGCGGCCCACUACUACGUGCGGGGGCAGCGGUGGUGGUUCGGGCUGACGCUGCUCUUCGUGCUGCUGCCCUCGCUCGUGGUGCAGCUGCUCAGCUUCAGGUGGUUCGUGUACGACUUCGCCGUCGGCACCAAGGACAGCGCCGGCAGCACCAAGGACAGCGCCCGCGGCCGCCGCGGCUGCUGCCGCCUCUGCGUCUGGUUGCUGCAGGGCUGCAUCCACCUGCUGCAGCUGGGGCAGGUCUGGAGGUACCUCCGCACGCUGUACCUGGGGCUGCAGAGCCGCUGGCAGGCCGAGCACCGCCGCCGCCACUUCUACUGGAGGAUGAUGUUUGAGAACGCAGAUAUCAGCAUGCUGCGGCUGCUGGAGACCUUCCUGAAGAGCGCGCCGCAGCUGGUGCUGCAGCUCAGCAUCAUGGUGCAGCAGAAUGACAUCGAGGCACUGCAGGGGUUCUCAGCCUCGGCCUCACUGGUCUCCCUGGCAUGGAUGAUUGCCUCCUACCAGAAGGUGCUACGGGACUCGCGGGAGGACAAGAUGCCCAUGUCCUACAAGGGAGCUGUGGUGCAGAUCUUGUGGCACCUCUUCACCAUUGCUGCCCGCGCCAUCGCCUUCGCCCUCUUUGCCUCCGUGUUCCAGCUCUACUUCGGCAUCUUCAUCGUCACCCACUGGUGCAUCAUGACCUUCUGGAUCAUCCAGGGCGAGACGGACUUCUGCAUGUCCAAGUGGGAGGAGAUCAUCUACAACAUGGUGGUGGGCAUCAUCUACAUCUUCUGUUGGUUCAAUGUCAAGGAGGGACGGAGCCGCUACCGCAUGUUCAUCUACUACAUCAUCACACUGUCGGAGAACGCCGCCCUCACCAUCCUCUGGUUCCUCUACUACGACCGCAAGACCAUCUCCGACUUCAACGCCUUAAUCCUCGUCUGCGUGGUCAGCUCCAGCUUCGCCCUCGGCAUCUUCUUCAUGUUCAUCUACUACUGCCUCUUGCACCCCAACGGCCCCAUGUUCGGUCCCAGCUCCGGGGGCUGCAUUUUCCGGCAGCAGCGGCCGCCCCCCGCGCCGAGUUCCCCUGCGGACGUGGUCACCAGCCCCCCGCGCUCGCUGCCGCGGACUACAGGGGGGGAGCGGGAAGGGGCGCCGGGGGAGCGGGACAGCUGCGUGCCCGUCUUCCAGGUGCGGCCCUGCGCCCCAACGCCGCCGGCCGCCCGCACCCCGCGGACAGAGGGACCCGUCAUCCGCAUAGACCUCCCCAGGAAGAAGUACCCGGCCUGGGACGCCCAUUUCAUCGACCGGCGCCUGCGGAAGACCAUCCUGGCGCUGGAGUACGCCUCGCCCAGCACCCCGCGCCUACAGUACCGCACAGCAGGAGUGUCCCAGGAGCUCCUGGAGUAUGAGACCACCGUGUAGGGCAGGGGCGUCCCCGGCCGGGCUGUUCCGUCUCUUCGCAGCGUUUUGCCUUUCUUUUCGGUUUGCCGGCACUUAGGGGUGGCCGUGCCGAGCGCCCCGCGGGCAGGGGCCGGUGAGGUCCCUUGGUGCUAUCCCCCCACGGGCCGGCCGUGCGCCGGGGGCUCGUCCUUGCCAAAAUACCUCACCUGUGCCUGAGCCGCCAGGUCGGCGGCACAGAGUGGGGGCUGCGGGGUGCACGGGAGCAGCCCGUUUGGUGAGGGGCUUUGGGCACAGAGGGACAUAGCACGGGGGAAUGUGGAGAAUGUGGGUGCUGGGGGAGAGCCAUGGGGCUGAGGGGUCUGGAGUAGGGCCGUAUUGGAGUCUGGGGCUCCUGUCAACCCCAAGUAGCGCAUGGCAUAGAGCCGGGGCAGCCCCCCCUUGUUCUUCAUCUCAGCCUCAAUUCCCCCACACACGCUCCGGCUGUUCCCUACCCCUGGGGUCACUGCUCCAUGCGUGGGGCAGAGAUCCUGGCCCUGAGGCCAGUGGUGGGAGGGAGGCACAGCACCUCUCCACUCCCUCCUGCCCUCCUGGGAACCACUCCAUUGCAUUGUGUUGGUUUUCACCAGACGGGUGACAUUGUGUGUGACAUUUUCUACCUCCACUGACGCUGGUGGGGCAGGGCCUGGCUGGCACUGGGAGGACUGUGCAAGGCAGUGGUGAUGUGCCCGGGGGCUCCCCGAAGUCACAUUCACCCUCAUUCAUUCUCCCCUCCAUUCUCCAGCCGAGAGCGUCUCCAUCCACCCCUCAUCAGCAUCAGCCCCCCCAGCUCAGCAGUAGGAACCUGAGCCAAGACGAUGCCCUCAGCUCCUUACUUCCUCCCCAGAGGAGCAGGGCUGCCCUGGGCUCUGCAUUUGAAUGUGUGCGUGGCUUGGUCCCAGCCCGCAGUGCCCCCUGCCCUAAGGGCUGUGCUGAAUGUACCCCCACCCUGUGUUUGUGCCCCAUGUCUGUGUCUGUGUGUGUGUGUGUGUGUGUGUGCGUGUUUGCAGCUGGGUUCGCAGGGCAGAUCUGCUGUCCCCUGGACACACAUCCCACCCAGAGCCCCUCACAGCCCCGGUGCCCUCCUCCAGCCCCGGUGUUCCUGCGAUGUCCCAUGGUGCUGGGAGGUGCCCAUUGGGCUGCAUUGCUUUUGUUUCCCAUAUCUCCGAAGAAGUUCAAGGGAUGAGUGCAGGCUGGGCUGGGCCACGUGGGGUCACUGGUGCUAACUGGUGCUAUCUGAACGCCUCGGAACCUUUCUGGAGGAGGGUGCAGAGCAGAGCUGGGUCUGGGCAGUGGGCUGGGCCCCUCCGCGACCCUCACUCCUCCUCUACUACUAGGAAUGGGCAAAAAAUCCCACUCUGUCCCAGCGAGCCCCAGGACAGCCCCAGCCAGGUCCUGGCAGAGGAGGCAGCCCUUAUCCUCAGGGAAGUGUAAUGGAAGAUGGGAGCCAGCUGGGCAUGGAGCAGCCGGGUGCCAGCAGCUUGGAGCCUCCCAGCCACCAAGGAGUUGCUGUGCUGGUGCCACACCAGUGCCAUGCUGGUGCUGGAUGCUGCAGCCCUCUGCCUGUGACUGCCAUGUGGAGCCACGCCACCUGGGCUGAGGUGCAGCCCGUGCCCUUCCCAGGGGCACAGGUCAUAGGGACUCUUUUCUAUGCACUCAUGCCACGGUACCCUCAGACCCGGGCUGCUCCCAUGUCGGGAUCAGAGCAGAGGCUGCAGUGUGGGGCUGUGUGGGAUGGCACGUGGCCACUCCAUUGCUUUGCCCUCAUGGCCCCUGAGCCCGGUGGCUCCCCAGCCCUGCUCCAGGGGCAAUGCUGGGGGAAUCAAGCCCGGCUGGCAGCAGUGAAGAUGGCAGCAGUGUCAGGACAGCAGCACUUGCUGGGAUCGCACCAAGAGGGCUCGAGCUGGGGCUGAGCUGGGGAAGGGGAAGCUCUGAGAGGCCUCAGUCCUGGCGGGGACAGCGGGACCACCCCAAGUUCAGGGAAUGGGGGAUGAAGCUCAGACCAGGACCAGGCCCCGCUGCUCUGGGCUGGGGCUGUUUCUCCCCAGCAGGGACUGAGGGUCUCAGCCACGUCCCCCCCCUGGUGCUUGGGACCUGGGAGCCCGGCUGUCAUGUACUGUAAAUACUCUGUGUGCCACCUUCUUCUCUGGGACCCUUGGCAGGGGCAGGGGAUGAGCGAGAGACCGGGGUCUGACCGAGACUUUUUUGUAUACCACAAACUUUUUGUAUAUUUUUAAUUUUGCUGCAACAUGAGAUAUUAAAUUCAUUUCAAUAA